AGAUAAAAUGUUAUUUUGGUCAUUUUAGUUUUUGAAGACUAUUUUUGUGACAUAAACUUAGAAAAGUGCUAUUUUGAAGAUUUGGCCCAAAAAUAUUGUAUAUUUACAUAUUUCCUCCAAAAUAAGACCAAAAGGACCAAAACUCUUUGACUAACCGAGAGAAUGCCUAGCGGAUAGCCUAUGGGCCUAAACUACUUAAUAGCCCAUUUGUGUUAACAGGCCAUGGAAAGCAACACCUAGUGGACUUUGAUAAACAGAGCCCACACGAGUUCAGAAGCGCGGGAAAAAACAAAUAUCAUCGGCGCCGGAGAUAUCAAAAGUCCCCGGAGACUAAGAGAGAGAGACGGAAACCUUCUUCAAAUCACUCAAAAGAUAGUAUCUUUUUAUGAGAAAUGUUGAGUCUUGAGAGAAUCGAUAAUGUUGUAGAUUGUGGUGGGGAGAACUGGGACUGAUAUGCUUAUUGGUGAACCUACAUUGCUCAAGAAGGUGGCAAGUGCCCCCACAAAAUUUUCAAAGUUUGUUAAAUAUGUUUAAACUUUGAUUAUUUUUCUUUUAGUAAAUAACAUUUUUACCUAUACUUUUUAAGUUUAUGUAAGAUUUGUCCACACAAGAAAAUAAUUCUACAUUCGCCGCUGGAUAUGCUUACCAAUGAAGCUGGGGAAGUCACUAGGUUACUCUCUCAUGUGUUACCCUGUUUGUGUCUUUUAGCAUUUGUGUUCUUAUGUUAAUGUGGUGUCUCAUGUUUAUGUAAUGUUCUAGCCAUUUGCAAGGGAUGUUUAAUCGAACAAUCCGUCUUCUUGAAGCUGGAAUCAAGCCUGUGUAAAUGUUCUUCUCCCCCACAUUCUUGUUUUACGUUCUUUUAAUACUACUUUUUCUAAGUUAGUUAUGAAUGUUUACUACAGAUAUGUUUUCGAUGGGAAGCCCCCGGAGUUAAAGAGACAAGAAAUAGCUAAACGGUACUCGAAGAGAGCAGAUGCAACUGCGGAUUUAGCUGGUGCUAUUGAGGCGGGAAACAAGGAGGACAUUGAGAAGUACAGCAAACGAACUGUGAAGGUGACAAAACAACACAAUGACGACUGCAAAAGACUCCUAAGGCUCAUAGGGGUGCCUGUUGUUGAGGCCACUUCCGAAGCUGAAGCGCAAUGUGCUGCACUUUGCAAAUCAGGAAAGGUGUAUGGUGUGGCUUCUGAAGAUAUGGAUUCCAUAACCUUUGGAGCACCUAAGUUUCUCCGCCACCUGAUGGAUCCUAGCUCCAGAAAGAUCCCUGUCAUGGAAUUUGACGUUGCUAAGAUAUUAGAAGACCUUCAGCUUACCAUGGACCAGUUCAUCGAUUUGUGCAUAUUGUCCGGAUGUGACUACUGUGACAGCAUCCGAGGUAUUGGUGGGCAGACUGCUCUAAAGCUUAUUCGCCAGCAUGGAUCCAUUGAGACUAUACUCGAAAAUAUUAACAAAGACAGGUAUCAAAUACCUGAGGAAUGGCCAUACAAUGAAGCUCGUAAACUUUUUAAAGAACCUGAUGUUUUAACAGAUGAAGAGCAGCUUGAUAUCAAGUGGAUCUCUCCAGAUGAAGAUGGUAUAGUCCAGUUUUUGGUGAAUGAAAAUGGAUUCAACAUAGAUAGAGUAACCAAGGCUGUAGAGAAAAUAAAAUCUGCAAAGAAUAAGUCCUCCCAGGGAAGGCUGGAGUCGUUUUUCAAACCAUUUGCUAACUCAUCCAUGCCUGCUAAGAGAAAGCAAACCCCAGAUAGUAACACUAAAGGAGCAGCAAAUAAGAAAGCCAAGGCAGGUGGUGGUGGGAGGAAGAAGAAAUAAGUCACAGUCCAAGUUGUUAUCAAGCUGAAGGCUGUGUAAGUUAGUAGAUAAUCUACUGCAAAGAUCUGGGGA